AUGGAAGAAGUGCUCGAGGAUGAAUGUGAAGGGGAAGUUUGUGUUGACCAGUCCGAUCAUGAUGAGUCUGAUCACGAAGAUAAAUCAGAUCAUGACACGGAUACCGAACAAGAAGUUAGCGACGAAGACGAAGCAGAAUGUAAUGAAUCCUUACCAUACUUCAAAGGUAAUGAUGGAUCAGUAUGGAAGAAACAUCCGCCAGCCCGUAAAACAGUGCGAACAAGGAAAGAGAACAUAAUAAGAAGAUUACCCGGAUGCACUUCAGCAACUAAAUCUCUAAAAGAACUUUCUGAUAUUUUUAACUACUUCAUAAAUGACGAAAUAGUUCAAAUUAUUGUAGAUUCAACGAACUCACAUAUUGAGUCGAUCAAGUCACACUAUUCCAGAGGUAGAGAUGCGCUUCCUACUAAUUCCGUAGAAAUACGCCCAUUAUUUGGCUUGUUAUACUUGGCUGGAAUUACAGGCUCAAACAAAACAAAUACCGCUGAUUUAUGGGACAGAAAUGGCUAUGGCGUGGAAAUGUUUCAUCUUGGAAUGUCUGUGCAAAGGUUUCGAUUCCUUUUACGAAGUCUCAGAUUCGACGACAAAAAUACACGUGAAGAACAGAGGAAGACUGACAAAGUCGCUCCAAUCCGUGAUGUGUUUGACAUGUUUCUCGCGAACUGUCAAAAGGGAUAUCACAUGUCUGAAUACGUUACGAUCGAUGAAAUGUUGCCUGGUUUUAGAGGACGAUGUAGCUUCAGGAAAUAUAUUCCAUCAAAACCCAAUAAGUAUGGCAUCAAAUUAUUCGCCUUAUGUGAUGCCAAAAUGUUUUAUACCUCAAAACUCGAGGUUUAUGUUGGAAAGCAGCCAGAAGGGCCGUAUCAGAUGUCUAACAAGCCAGAAGAUAUAGUGCUUAGACUUUGUCAACACAUUUCAGGCUUGAAUUGA